AAGUCACACACAACAGAUAUAUAAUUAAGCACAUAAUAAAGGAGCUAACAGAUUAGCUAGAUUAUCACUAUACUGAAGCAAUGGCUCAAACCAUGGUACUCAUGUCUAGUGUCCCAGCUAGCAAUUCCAUGGAUCUGAAGGGGAACUCUUUGCUCCAACUACGAAGUCAAAGAUUAAGGCCUAAGUUCUCUCGUCACUUUUUCAACCCACUUCCUUCAACUUUUUCUUUUCCUUCUUCAUCAAGUACAUUCACAACAAUAGCCAUCUACAAAACAAAGACCAAGGCCUCUCCCACCAGCAAGGUUGUGAAGUCCAAGCCAAAGUCAAAGGUUGAAGAUGGGAUUUUUGGCACUUCUGGAGGGUUUGGCUUUACUAAGCAGAACGAGCUCUUUGUGGGUCGUGUUGCCAUGCUCGGUUUUGCUGCAUCAUUGUUGGGUGAAGCAAUUACUGGGAAAGGAAUAUUAGCACAACUUAAUCUGGAAACUGGAAUUCCAAUUUAUGAAGCAGAGCCUCUUCUUCUUUUCUUCAUCAUUUUCACAUUAUUAGGAGCCAUUGGAGCACUUGGUGACCGUGGUCAAUUUGUUGAUGACCCUCCCACUCCAUUGGAUAAGCCAUUCAUUCCUCCAGGCAAAGGAUUCAGAGCUGCUUUGGGUCUCAGGGAAGGAGGUCCUUUAUUUGGGUUUACCAAAGCGAACGAGCUCUUUGUUGGAAGGUUGGCUCAAAUGGGUUUUGCUUUCUCCUUAAUUGGCGAAAUUAUAACUGGAAAAGGAGCUCUAGCUCAGCUCAACAUUGAGACUGGGGUGCCCAUAAACGAAAUAGAACCACUAGUGUUGUUCAGCAUUGUGUUUUUCUUCUUUGCUGCUUUGAAUCCUGGAACUGGUCAUUUUGUUACAGACGAGGGCGAGGAAGUGUAGACAUUAACAUCUUUGUUGUAAUUAAGAAUACUUCAUUCCGAGAUAUAAAGCUUUAUAGAGAAAAAUUAAAUAAUUGAGAGACUAGUU